GGCCGAUCGUCCGCGUGCUAUCGCCAUGGGGAAGGAGUCGAAGAAGGGUACCCGCGUCAAUGAGAUCGUGACCAGGGAGUACACCAUCAACAUCCACAAGCGUCUCCUUGGAAUGACCUUCAAGAGGAGAGCACCAAGGGCUGUUAGCGAAGUCAAGAAAUUCGCCACCAAGGCUAUGGGUACAUCGGACGUCAGGGUAGACCAGAAGCUCAACAAGUUCUUGUGGAGCAAGGGUGUUAAGAAUGUUCCUUACCGUGUUCGCGUUCGCAUUGCCCGCAAGCGCAAUGACGAUGAGGAUGCCAAGGAAAAGCUUUACUCUCUCUGCACUCUUGUGGAGGUUAAGACAUUCAAGGGCGUUGGUACCACCAUCGUACAGGAGUAAAUGACGUAGCAAUAAAGAAAUUUGAAUGGC